UUGACAACGAAGCCAACAACAAAUGACACUGAAGUCUGAGGCUGUUCCCGCGAGGUGUGCUGAAGCUCAACCGGAAUGAAUGUGGAGGGACUCGUUGGAGCAUGAACGACUCGUCACUUCGCAAUCACUUCGGCAUCACGCACAUGGAUCACAGCGCGCAACAUUCAUACAAUAUCGACACGAACAUCACUUUCAGCAGCAACGUAACGCUCGGGGAGAGGAACUUCACGGGCAUCUCCCAAAUCAUGAUCCCCCAGGAACUGUUUCUCGUGCUCGGUUUGAUCAGUUUGGUGGAGAACAUUUUGGUGGUUGUGGCGAUCAUCAAGAACAGAAAUCUCCAUUCCCCCAUGUAUUAUUUCAUCUGCUGUCUGGCGGUGUCUGACAUGCUGGUGAGCGUAAGCAAUGUGGUGGAGACGCUCUUCAUGUUAUUGAUGGAGCAGGGGCUGCUGCUCAUCACGGCAAAGAUGUUACAACACCUGGACAACGUGAUCGACAUCAUGAUCUGCAGCUCGGUCGUCUCUUCGUUGUCGUUCCUGUGCACCAUCGCGGCGGACCGCUACAUCACCAUAUUUUACGCGCUUCGCUACCACAGCAUCAUGACCACGAGGCGCGCCGUGGCCAUCAUCGCGGUGGUUUGGCUUACGAGCAUCACCUCCAGCUCUUUAUUUAUCAUGUACCACACGAACAGUGCGGUCAUCGCCUGUUUCGUCUCGUUUUUUGGCGUGGCGCUGGUGUUCACGGCGGCCCUAUACCUGCACAUGUUCAUCCUGGCGCACGUUCACUCCAGGCGCAUCAGGGCUCUCCACAAGAGCCGCCGGCAGGCCACCAGCAUGAAGGGAGCUAUCACUCUGACCAUCCUGCUUGGGGUUUUUAUCAUCUGUUGGGGGCCAUUCUUCCUCCACCUCAUUCUCAUACUCAUCUGUCCCACAAACCCGUAUUGCCAGUGUUACUUCGGCCACUUUAACCUCUUUCUGAUCCUUUUCAUAUGCAACUCGCUCAUAGAUCCUCUCAUUUACGCGUACCGCAGCCAGGAGCUGCGCAAGACUCUCAAGGAAAUAGUCUUCUGUUCGUGGUGCUUUGUAAUGUGAGAUAUUUUUAUAGAGAUGCUUCUACAGGUGAAGCGGGAUCAUGGCAACCUGACAUUUUGGACAGAUGACACGUUUCUGGUGCAAACCAGUUGCUGAAAGUUGAUCAACACACAGAUGCAUAAACAGAAUAUGUAAUACCUCUAUACAAGGACGAAUGGUCUAAUGUAGCGAGGAAUGUUUCGUCCAUCAGCUCAUAUUUAUUGUUGUCAUAGCAGAAACAACCAUUGAUAAACUGUGCUGAAUGCCACUGAUCGAUUAAAUGCACUUGGGUAAAUUAAUUGCUUCAAAGUAAAUA